CUUUUAAGAUGUAAUGGUUUUAUUUAUUCUAUAAGGGUUUUCUUAUUUAUAUCGCGUAGCAACCUCGGUUGCCGUGGUUACGGUUGGAGUCCGGAAACAGAAAACAUCUUCAGAAACAUGGCUGUGCAAAGCUGGAUUGACAUCCUAAAAUCAUCGAAGAAAACUGCUUUAAUACACGACGGAAAAAGGAAGAUCCACUACCUCUUUACAGAUGGAAAAGAAAUGGCAGAGGAGUAUGACUUAAAAACAGAUGAGCUCCUUGUACGAAAGUGGCGUCUUAAAAGCACACUUGGAGCUCAGUGCCAGUGGCAGGUAGAGGUUGGGGAGCCACUUGCAGGCCCUGUCACUUCUGCCGAUUCGGAGGUGAUCAAGGAGAACUGCUCCAAUCCUGUGUUCUUGCGUAAAGACACAAAUACCAGCUUUCAGUGGAGAGUUCGCAACCUUCCCUUCCCCAGAGAUGUCUUCAGUGUUUUUGCGGAGCCAUCUGACAGAUGCAUCAUCAUAAAAACCUCAAACAAAAAGUAUUAUAAGAAGUUCAGUAUUACUGAUUUAGAUCGCAGUAAGCUGCCUUUGGACAACUCCGCCCUCAGCCACACUCACGCCAACAACACUUUAAUUGUCAGCUACAAGAAACCCAAGGAGAUCUUAACCCUUGAACAGGAGCUACUGAAGGAGCUGAAGAAACUAAAGGGGACCGGCGAAGGGGAUGUUGACUGCAAAACUCAGUGAAAUCGGACUAUGGGAGCGAGACGAUAAUGUGUUUUACUUUGUUCUGCCAUUUAUAUUUGAUACAGACAUAUUCAAUUAAAUAUAUUACAAAUGUUUUUUAAGUCUGAAAACCUGAUUUAUAAACUUUGUAGCUGAUCCACGAGUGUUUUCGCAAAUUAAUUGUUUAUAACAGAAAAAUAUUAUUACAUUAUUAAGUUUAAUUGUAUCAAAACAUUAUCAAUUUU